GGGCGGCGCGCGGGCCGGGGGUGUCGGAUGUCACCCCCGAGCACACCUCGGCCGGGGGGCGGGGAGCGAACCAGUGAGACGCGGAGACCUCCGCGGUCCUAGAGCGGAGCAGGAAGUGUCCCAGGGGAGGGAGCCGGAGGGUCCGGUCUUUCCUUUCCUCCGCGUCCGGCGGGCUCCGGCGGCGGCCUGGCCUGCACGGCUUGCCCACGGGGACGCGCCGCGGGGGCGCCUCCAUUUGCUCCCACUGGUUCCCUCCCAAGCGGAGCCGUGGUUUUCUGGAUGAGCAAGAGACGGGGCUCGGCUGGCCAGGGACGGAGUCGGGCCCUGCAGAGAGCCCGCUUCGGGAAGGACACCGGGAGGCGGGCCUGCAAGGAUGCGGAGCAGCUGCGGAGACUAACGCCGCCGCAGGAGGGGUUUGAGUUAGACGCCGGGAAGGAGUUCCAGGCUGUGAGCCCAUAUUGUAAAGGUCUCAAGCGCGAGGACAGUGACUUUGGCUCAGAAGCCCCAAGAUAGCAGCCUACUUGGCUCCUCCGUCUCAGGUCCUUUCCAAGAGGACCUGACCACCGAAGGGUCGUCUUCUGCUGCUGACCCCCAUCAAAUCCCAUCAUGCCCACAGCCCUGUGCCCCCGAGUCUUGGCUCCGAAGGAAAGUGAGGAGCCCAGGAAAAUGAGGAGCCCGCCAGGAGAGAGCCCUGGCCCUCAGGGGGAGCUUCCCAGCCCCGAGUCCUCUCGCCGCCUCUUUCGCCGCUUCCGCUACCAGGAGGCAGCGGGCCCCCGUGAGGCCCUGCAGCGCCUCUGGGACCUAUGCCGUGGCUGGCUGAGGCCCGAGCGGCACAGCAAGGAGCAGAUCCUGGAGCUGCUGGUGCUGGAGCAGUUCCUGGCCAUCCUGCCCCGCGAGAUCCAGGGCUGGGUGCGGGCCCAGGAGCCCGAGAGCGGCGAGCAGGCUGUGGCUGCAGUGGAGGCGCUGGAACGGGAGCCAGGGAGACCCUGGCAGUGGCUCAAGCACUGUGAAGACCCUGUGGUGAUUGACGAUGGUGACGGCCCUCGGGACCAGGAGCAAGAGCGGCUGUCAGCAGAGCCCCAGAGCCACCUUGCAAAGAGCCAAGACGCCCAGCUCUUGGCCCUAUGUCAGGGCCAAGGGCUCCCAAGCAGACCUCCAGGUCAGCUCAGCGGAGACCCAGUUCCAGAAGAGGCUUCCCUGCUUCAGGAAGCCAGCUUGAGGGAUGCACAGCAGGUGACCGCCCUCCAGCUGCCCCUGAACCGGGUUUCUCCCUUCAAAGACAUGAUCUUCUGCUUCUCGGAAGAGGACUGGUCCCUUCUAGAUCCCGCCCAGACUGGCUUCUAUGGGGAGUUCAUCAUUGGAGAGGACUGCGGGGUCUCGCUGCCACCCAAUGACCCAGCUGCCCAGCUGGAUCUCUCCCAGGGCGAAGAGAACGAGCCACGAGUUCCGGAGCUCCAGGACAUCCAGGGGAAGGAGGCCACCCAGCCCGUCUGCUUGGACUUUCCAAGUCUCCAACCAUUCCAGGUCGAAGAAAGAAGAAAAAGGGAUGACCUGCAGGUGCCCGAGUUCCAGGCCUGUGAGCAGAUGGCGCUCACUCAAAGCACCUGCCCAAGUAAGGACGGCCUGGAGGCGUGGGGAGUGCGCCCACGUGUGCAUGUGGUGCCAUCGGCAGCCGGAGGUGACGCACCCACCCCCCAGAACGGCCUGGAUGAGGAGGUGACCAUUGAAAUUGUCUUGUCCAGCUCUGGGGACGAAGACUCCCAGCUGGGCCCCUACUGCACAGAGGAGCCGCAGAGCCCGGUGGAGAAGCAGCACAGCCUCCCCGCUGCCCAGGAGAGCGGCGCACCAGUUGGCGGUGAAGUACAGACCUCCGGGAAGACCUAUGUGUGUCCGAACUGCGGGAAGGUCUUCCGCUGGAGGGUCAACUUCAUCCGUCACCUGCGCAGCCGCAGGGAGCAGGAGAAGCUGCACGAGUGCUCAGUGUGUGGGGAGCUGUUCAGUGACAGCGAGGACCUGGACGGGCACCUGGAGGCCCACGAGGCCCAGAAACCUUUCCGGUGCGGCGCGUGUGGGAAGAGCUUUCGCCUCAACUCUCACCUGCUCUGCCAUAGGCGGGUCCACUUGCCGCUGGGAGGUGGUGAGCAGGCGGAGGCGGGGCCAGCAGGUGGGGUCCCUGACCCUGACGCGCUGCUGGCCGAGGGCCGGACCCGGCUCAGUGUCCAGUGCUGUGACUGCGGGAAGGUGUUCCAGCGACCGGAACACCUGGCCCGGCACCGCAGCAGCGUGCACCUGAAGGACGAGGCGCGGCCCUUCCGGUGCCGGUACUGUGUCAAAAGCUUCUCGCACAACUCCGACCUCCUGCGCCACCAGCGCCUCCACAUGAAGCGCCGCUCCAAGCAGGCGCUGAACUCCUACUGAGUGGCCCCGGACACCACCACCCCAGGACACACCUGUCCCAGGAAAGACCACAUCCUUCUGCCCUUUGCUCUCAGGUAGAAAUGAGAUGCUGGCCAACUAAGCAUCUCUUCUGUCUCUGCUGUGCCAAAAAGCAGGGAGAGAGGCGUGUUACCACCAGCUUUGCCUUGCCCUGUGUUUCCGGUCCGAGAGAACCCCGUCCAGUGCUUCCCAAGCAGGCAGAGGGACUGGGCCGCCCCCACUGAGGGGCCCCCUUGGGGUCUGCCCCUUGCCACUGACUCACUACACUCCAUCCUGCCCUGUGUGAAUCCCCACGCCCCCAUCCUGGGGUUCCAGUGUAAUUGCACUUCCCAUCUGACAGCAAGAAGCUGCGGUGGGGUGAUGGGCACGUGGGGAGCAGAGCCAAGCACACCUUGUCUGCUAUGUCAUCAGAAGUCCGAGUCCCCGUCACUAUCUGGCCCAAGGAACACCCACAAUUAUUAGGCAACCCUUUCAGGGUUGCAGCUCCUUGCCAAGGGGCCUUGUGUCACCCUUUUAUUUGUGACAGUGGCUGCUUCUUAGGGAUUGUGAGCUCGCCAAGGGCAAUGCCCACAUUUUAAACUGUAUGUUGCACACCCUGCCCAAAUGUUUCUUUGUAUCAUGAAGGUCCCGGUAAAUGGUUGUGGGGUGGAAGUAGAGUUGUCAUCAUUUGAAAGGCACUUAAGUCCCCCUUCCCAUUCUGUUGUGUCUGGGGCAGCGCAAACAAGCUGUGAGGUCGAGCUGUGAGUGUCCAUCCACUUGGCAUGCUGGUUGUGUUCGUUUGCUAGAGCUGUCUUAACAAAGUACUAAAAAUGGGUGGGUUAGGACAACAGAGUCUUAUUGCUGGGACUAAGGUGGGAAGGCUAAGUUCAAGGGCAGGCUGGGUCCCUGUGAGGGGAGGUGUGCUCCACGCCUGUCCUGCAGCUUCUGGUGGUGCUGGCCAUCAGUGGUGUUCCUUGUAGAAGAAUCACCCCAGCUCUGCCUUCAUCUUCACGUGUGCCCCGGUGCUCAUGUCUAUCUCCAGAUUUCCCCUUUUCAGAGGAUACCAGUCAUUGGAUCACCCUUCUCCCCACUCCAGUAUGCCCCCAUCUUAACUAGUACAUCUGCGGUGACCGUAUUUCCAAGGAAGGUCACAUCCUGGUGCACUGGGGUUAGGAUGUAAGCAUGAAUUUUGGGGGGGAGGGGGGUAGACAAUUCAACCCACAGCCCCAGAUAGCCUGGCGACACUGCCCUCAUCCCCGGUUUACAGAUGAGUCAGCAAACUCGAGUUGGCUUGCUGUCCACUCCACUGGAAGCAGCAUUUAGACCCAAGCCUCUGCUUCCAGGGCAGGUGUCCCCCUGACGAUAGCUUGGAAGUUUGUGACCUGGAUUUCUGGGCUGAGAGUGACAGUUGUCAGUGAAACCUCGAGCAAUGAAAACCAUGGUCUUUUUGUUCCUGGAAGACUGGCAAUGUCAGCCAGGCUCAACCGCAAGAAUAUGCGGGCUGUGGAGUGGUGGUGGCUGGAUCAAAGCCACCAGGUAGGCAUUUGGUGUUAUUUGUAUGUUACAUCCACUGGCAGGCAGCAAGGCUCCUUGUCACCUUAAGAUGUCAUUGACACAUUGAUACGUCACUGCCACAAACCCAGUGGAAGAGCCACAAGGUUUUAUAAUUCUGAUUACUGUGCCAUUGUAGACACCUAUACACUCGGGAGCAGUAAAUGCAAUAAAACCAUUUGGUCAUACCCUGCACAAGAAAUAAAUAUUGGGGCUCUUCGUUUGUAAAUAUGUUGCCUCUUAUAUUGACCUGUCACGAAGGGGAAAAUAUGAAUCUGUAAGGCCAAGGAGGGGAAAAUUCUACGUAGAAGCUAGGUGCACAUUUACCCCGUCCUCCUGCACUCUGCAUUCUGCACUGUUGCCCAAGGUCCCGGCAGUGGGAAGGUUCCCUCACCGGCUUCAGAUGUGGUCUAAAGGAGGAACAUUGCUCUACUUACCAGUGUCUUACCUGUGAAAUCAGAUCCUAAAUAAGACACAAAGGCAGUGUAAUGGAACUGAACCCCACAAGGAGACUAUGUGUCUUGAGUCCCCCCCACAAAUGCUGUGGAGAGACCCCCACUCACCCAGCACACCAAAGCGCCUACCUAACCGGAAGGUCACUUCGUCACUGGAGUCAGAAGCUCUCCUGGGUGCGGUAGCUCAAAUCCCGUCCCACAUGAGAAGCCAGUAGGGUUACCUGCACUGGGGAAAGUUUUAGGACACAGGAGCUGACCACUUGCUCCCUCCCCCAGGCCAUGAAAGUAGAGACCCCACAUCUGAGAAACAUCUGCCCUGUGUUCCUUGGGUUCCUUGGUAUUGUUCCCACUAACUCAGGUACACAGAAACGCACUGAAUUAAUAUCCAUGUUAGACUUACUGUUUUAGUUAAUGUGUGUAGCACAGCUGAAGAGGUCAGGUAGCCUAACAAGGAGAGCAUGAGGCGCGUGGAUGCUGAAAAUAGCCUUCUGGGCAUCAGACGUCACCUUGUGACACUUUAGGCCUCAGGUAGAUCGUUCUGGUCAUCCAAUCUGACGCCUGUCCUGAGGAGAGGACAUCACAGCUUCCCAACACCAAGGGUAGCUGGCACUCCUGGUCACACCACGGCUGGUGAACACAACCUCGGCCAUUCUCAUGUAUCCUCUGUCUCCUGACCUCUCUCCCCAGCUGGGUGAUGUGGCCAGUGGUGGGAAGGUGCCUUGCCAUUGCUGUCACUGUGUGGCACACAUGAAGAGAAGGCGCAAGUGCACACCUGACUUGGAGACCGGUCCUGGCAUUCCUCUCCCGGGAGAUGCUUGCAGUGUAAUGUAGGGGACUUGGGGAUGCUUACAUUGCUACAUCUUGUUAAAAUGUGAAGAGGCUGGGACACCUGCCCUGAAGACAUGGCAGGUAAGCCGAAUCAAGCUGAAUCCCUUCGGAACUGUGUGUGUGUGUGUGUGUGUGUGUGUGCUCUCGGAAGGGCUGGGGCCUGCCCCCAGUACACUGAUGGUGAUUUCAGAGUGAGAUUCCUGGAUAUUUUUAAAUGUUUUCCCAGAAGAAGAUCUGGAGCGGGAAAGAGUAUCACCUCAUGUGGAAAUCGUGCUGACACUGCAUCAGCAAUUGUACAGGGACAGGGGGUGCUGCACCAAAUUUAUCCUGGUCUCCCUUUUGGCCAUUUUUCUAAAAUGGCUUGCCUGAUGUCAGGGUGAUAUUCUGUGGCCAUUGUCUGAAGCCUUCACCAGCAACUUUAAUCACCUGUGCUCAAGAAGCCAAAAUUCUGCCCAGAUGUGCACUCAGCCCGGUUUGUAGAAGCAGAACUGGGUGCCCCAGCAAAGACAGCAGGGUGUGGCUAAAGACUACUGCAGCCCUGGCUGAGCUUCAGGCUCUAGAUAGCAAGGGUGAAGUCAGAAUAAAACUGGGAAAGACAACAUCGUUUUUAGUAAGACGCUGGAGACUGGGAAGAGGACUUGCUUUACCUGGAAACACAUAGGAGCUGCUCUUACUGCUCAUCCCUCUCCUUGGCCAGCUUGGUGGCACUCUGGUCAGGGACUUACCAAGGACAGGAUGCCUUGGCUUGGCUGCCAUGUGCCGAUAGGUGGACAUUAAAGGCCUGUCCUCACAUGGACAGCUCUUUUUGGGACCCCAAAGCAUUGCUUUUGGGACGGUUUAUGCCAACAGGGCUGCAGCAGAAGCUCGGUGGUGAUGGUGGGUCCGUUUCAGGGUAUCGUGGAUCCUAGUGCACCUUUUGUCCUGGAAGCACUGACUGCAGACAGCGUAGGUAUCCAGCUCUCUAAUCACUUGCCCCUUCCCAGCCUCUGUCUGUCUGUCCAUCUGUUUUACAGAAGGGAAGCGGCACAGCACAGAUAACUGAUGAUUCUGGUUUCAGCACUGUCUUCAGGUCCCUGAGCUCUUUCCCGGAAUCACAGCACCACUCUGAGCCUCAGAAGUGAGCUCAGCCCUGGCUCAGAGGCCACUAGCAGGGACAGACAUGUGCAUCCUGCCAGCAUUCAUGUGAACCUUGUCAUGCCCCCUGCAUUUGUUAGAUGAACCCAGAAGCAAGAAAAGAGGCUCAGAAAUCUUCCUAUGGCCUGGAGGAAACUUGGGUGUUUACAUCUCAGGGCAACAGCUGCAUGUCAAUCGAAAGAACUUGGAAGAGCUUUGGCAUUUCAGCUUACCUAAUCUUCACCAUCAUUUUGUAAUGUAGGCACAAUUAUUACCCUCAUUUUACAGAGCAGGCACAGAGUGGCUAAGGAAUUUGCUUGGGGACACACAGCCGAUCCAAGAUUCCAACUGAGGCAGCUUGUCUGGGCAGUGUGGGCAUUUCAUAGUGUGCUGAGAGGCUGCUGCUCACUAAUGAUUUUUAAAUACUGUUGUGAUAAGUGCUACAGAUUAGGAAUACAGAGAGAAUCUAACUGGGGGGGGGUUCAGAACCAGUCACCCCAAGAUGUGCGUCUGUGCUAUGUGGAUUAUUUUGAGCUGGAGGCCACCAACCCCGUGGGCUCAAAAGAACCUUCUGCCCCACUUAACUGUGUAGAAGAUCCUGAAUUACCAGCCUUGCCCAUAAUAACAAAGUGUUGGACCUGACCUCUUUUGACCUGUCUGUAGGGCAGGACAAACUUCUAGUUAUUGAGCAUCUGCUCUUUUU